UUCGACUUUCCUUGGAGAGCGAACGCGAACGCGAAUUUCGUCUUGCUAAUCCUCCGUAAUUAUAUUAGUUAGUUAGUUCGCGUUAGCCACCGCGCGCCGUAGAAUCUACGCGUACCGCGCACCGGUGAAUGCGGUGCAGAAGGUAUUAAAAAGCAACAAAAAAUAAACAAGUCCCAGUCGAGGUCAGAUCACGUCGUUCGGUUGGUCAGUGGUGGCUCACCAACCAUGCCAGGUCGUGGAUUUCUCCUCUUGGCCAUCGUUUGUGGCUGUCUUGUGCUAGAACAAAGGGCCGUGUACGGUGCCACUGGCCACGUUGAGCCAGGAGAUGUUGUGCGUGCAGCAGAGUCACUCGCGGUGAGAGUCCUCGGCAAAGAAGCAGGCGAGAAGCUCACAUUCUGUUUCCUGCCGAUCAGUAACGACCAACAUGACACGUUUGAAGUGAACAUUCCAUCACCGGGCAAGGUGUGGGUGUGCGGAAACUCGGGCGUCGCAAUCGCCAGAGGAUUGUACCAUUACCUACGCGUUGUGUGCAACUCCUCAAUGACGUGGGGACGCCGCGGUUCUGGGGACAACAUCAACGUGCCAAUCCCACUGCCUGGGUCCAAGGGGUUCUACGUGCGCAAGAGCAGCUCUGUGAAGUGGCGUUACUACAUGAACGUCUGCACCGUGUCCUAUUCGUCAGUAUGGUGGGACUGGCAACGAUGGGAACGUGAGAUUGACUGGAUGGCACUGCACGGUAUCAAUUUCCCUCUGGCGUUCACCGGCCAAGAACAUGUUCUUGCACAGUUCUUCACUCAGCUGGGCUUGACUCCGGACGAACAGCAGGACUACUUCACUGGUCCAGCGUUUCUGGCAUGGAAUCGAAUGGGCAACCUGCGCAAGUGGGGUGGCCCGCUGCUGCCCAAUUUCCGCGAGUCGCAGUUCAGCCUUCAGCUUCUCAUUCUGAAGCGCAUGAGAGCCCUGGGCAUGACGCCCAUCUUGCCCGGUUUCUCCGGCCACAUUCCUGCUGCCAUCAAGCGCAUCUACCCGCAUAUCCAGACUCGGAGCUCCAGCGGGUGGGUGGGCUUCAACUCCACCUAUACCGGUGUUCAUAUCAUUGAUGCCACUGAUCCUUACUUCUUGCCGUUGGCCAAGCAGUACUAUGAGCUGCAAACGAAAAUGAUGGGCACGGAUCACGUGUACAAUGUCGACAAUUUCAACGAGAUGUCGCCACCGACCCACAAUCCUGAGUUCCUGUCCAAUGCCAGUGCGGCCGUGUACAACGGGAUGAAGGCGGCCGACCCGCAAGCAGUCUGGGUCAUGCAAGGCUGGCUGUUCGUCAACUCUGGCUUUUGGACAGAGGCGGCCGUGCAGGCGUACCUCAGUCCCGUCCCGGAUUCCCAGAUGAUCAUUCUAGAUCUGUACGCCGAGGUCGUGCCGCUCUGGCUGAACCUGGGCUCGUUCUACGGUAAAUCGUUCAUCUGGUGCAUGCUGCACAACUUUGGCGGACGACGGGACCUGAACGGCAACUUGAGUCACAUUGCUCACGCGCCGCACGAUGCUCUCAACACCCCAGGCAGCUCCAUGGUCGGUAUUGGCCUGACGCCGGAGGCCAUCGAGCAGAACCCGGUCAUGUACGAGCUGAUGCUGGAUACGGCGUGGCACAACUCGCCCAUCGACGUCCAGGCGUGGCUGGACGGGUACGUUGGCAAUCGCUACCGCCACGCGGGCCACUUGCCGCAGGUCAAGCGAGCGUGGCGUCUUCUGGAGUCGUCCGUCUAUAGCCUGUACUGGCCGUACCGUUUCCUAGGCGUUAUGCACCUCUACCCGUCUCUCGGUCCGCAUGGUCUGACCAUGGAUCAGGAUCAGAAGGCCAUGCUGCAUUACGGAGGACAUCCGUCAGUGCCGCCGGACAACCAGUCAUUAUACAACUGCUCGGCGGUGACGGCUGCCUGGCGUGAAAUGAUCAGUGCCGGCUUGUUCGUGAGCGCGCAGUCCAACAGCAUGCCCACUGGCCCGUUCAGCUACGACCUGGUCGACAUCGGACGCCAGGUUCUUGUCGAUGUGCACGCCGAUAUGGUCACGCUGAUCGACAGUGCGUACAAGCGCUGGCUGCAGACCGGUGCCAACACGAGUCAGGAGAUCAGUGUCCUGUUCCGCCCGAUGCUAGAUAUCCUGGCCGACCUGGAUCACCUGCUGGCGAAUGAUCAAAACUUCUUACUGGGCAAGUGGGUGGAGGAUGCGUACUCGAUGGGAGCGACGGACGAGGAACGCGCUAUCUUGAUGAUGAAUGCAAAGAACCAGGUGACGCUGUGGGGUCCUCACGGGGAGAUCACUGACUACGCUGAGAAGCACUGGGCCGGCCUGGUCAAGACGUACUACCGUGCCAGGUGGGAAACCUGGGCGCACACCGUGUUCAAUGCCGUCCACACAAACACGCCGCCGGACUUGCAGGCCUACUAUGACCGGCAGAUGAAGUUUGAAGAGCAGUGGUACCAGUCAUCGCAGCACUACAGCACCGAGCCGGGCGGUGAGGAUGUGGUGGCGAUCUCCGAGCACUACAUGAACACGUGGGCGAGGAAGCCAACCGAGGCGGAGUACAAGAUCGUACUUCACGGCCAGACGAUCACCGGCCAUAGCUUACACGCGGCGCCACUGAAAUCCCACGGCGACCUUGAGCAGAUGAUGCUGCUCUGCUACUACGAUACUGCAUGCCUGGGCUUCACUACCGACGGCUAUCUGAAGUCGAACGUAUCCUACCCGACUGCCAAGGCUGGCGUCGAUCUGUACGUGCUGACGAGUCGUCUCUGAGAGAAGCCUGCGACAACGCCAGCAUGCACAGGAGUGCGAGUAGGAGCACCGUGAGCGGGAUGUUUAGGUACAAUUUUAAAAUCAACAUCAUUGUUACAUGUUUUCCCAGAGCAAUGAAUAUUACACGUAAUCUACAAGGUCAUCGUUAGUGUGCCGAAUAACCAGAGUUUAUUUGACUAACGCUGUCCCUGAUAAAGCUAAUGAAGCCAACUUAGUACACCAAAUUAGACACGUUUUAGUUGACUGGCUCUCCCUCUCACAGUGUUAUUAGCAACGCUCACCAAAGUACACCUAGUAGUAGCCGGCCACGUCAGUUCACCAACAGUCCUCAGAAUCAGAUGCCAGAAUUGUAUUGAUAUUUACCCCACGGUUAAAUAUUUAUUUUGUGCAGUUCGUUUCGAUCGGUUCUCUCUGA